AGGUUAUUGUCCAUCACAAUUGAAUUAAGAAGGGAAAGUUUAUGAACGGUAAUAACAGUGUGUCCAGAUUUGGGCGUGGGAAGGCGUCUAAAUAGAGAGAGCGAGAUCUGGCAUUCUGGCUCUCUCUGUGUCUCUCUCUGUGGCGCGCGAGGAGAGAGAGAAUCUUGGAAAAUGGUGAAGGUUGAUUUGAAGAAGCCGCUGGUGUUCCAGGUGGGACAUCUUGGAGAUGGAUACGAAGAGUGGGUUCACGAUCCAAUUCUGGGAAAGGAAGGCCCCCGCUUCUUCCACAGCAAUUUUCUGGAGUUCUUCACGCGCACUCCCUGGUACGCCAUCCCAAUUGUAUGGAUACCCGUCGCCUUAUUCUUCAUUCACAACUCCCUCACCAUGGGCGUCCCUCCUUCUAAUAUUUCCCAGCUCAUCCUCAUUGGCCUCUUAGCCUGGACCCUCGCCGAGUACCUUUUGCAUCGCUUCCUUUUCCACGUCAAAACCACCUCUUACUGGGGAAAUACCUUCCAUUAUCUUCUCCAUGGCUGCCACCAUAAACACCCCAUGGAUCACCUCAGACUCGUUUUCCCUCCAGCAGCUGCCGCCAUGUUUGCUGUCCCGUUGUGGAACAUUGUGAAGCUUUUCAGCACUCCAACAACUGCUCCUGCUAUUUUCGGAGGCCUUUUGUUGGGAUACGUCAUGUACGAUUGCACACAUUACUAUUUGCACCAUGGUCAACCAAAGUCUGAUGCUCCCAAAAUGCUCAAGAAGUACCACUUGAAUCAUCACUAUCGGAUCUCCAACUAUGGUUUUGGGAUCACCUCACCGCUAUGGGAUGUCGUUUUCGGAACCCUUCCUCCUUCUGUAAAGGGAGAUUCCAAAAGUAGUUAAGUCAUUGUCAGAACUUGCAUAUUUCUGCAUUCGUUAAGAUGAUAGUGAACUCAGGGUUUCAGACAAUACAUAAACAUCUAAUGCUUUUCAUUGUGUAAUUAAUUAAUGCUUAUGAGGGUUAACUCUCCACCUUCUAUCAGCCUGUAAAAUUUGAUAUGUAUCAAGUUUUUGUGGCUCAAAAUUCUCUCCCUUCCUGUGCAUAUAUCUUUUUUAUUUUGAAAUAGAGUAUUAAAACAUUGACCAAGCAA